AUGGCCAAUAAUCAACUUCCAUUUCACGUUCGUGCAACAGAUGCUGUGCAUAGAUUAACUGUUUUAGGUUUGGUGGGAAUAUGUGUUGUUGGAGGUGGUUCAAUAGCUUUUAAUAUUUGGGCCAAUUCUGAUUAUGCUCCAUGGAAUAAAGAAAAGUUGAAAUUCCAACAAGAACAAUAUCACAAUACUAAGAAAGAUGAAGAAGAAUAA